AUGGAAAAGGAACUUCGUCAACAAAAUGUAGCACUUUUCAAUAUCAUUCUUGAACUUAUUAAUGUGUCUUCGAAACAAUCAGGAGAGUUAUAUUGCUUAAGAGAAUCUUCCAAUGAAGAGAUGAUUUGUCUGAUCCAACAAAAGUAUUCGAUUUCUGAUGAUGUUAUAUCUGUCACAAAAGAAGAGUUACAAGAGACGGACGAAACAACACUUGAAAACAAUAUCAUCAAAUUUGUCUCAAAAUAUGAGAAGACUUUGUUUCCUUCUGAAUUUGCACUAUUAAUCGACACUUUAUAUGAAUGUAAUAACACUUCUCUCGACAUCCUCAAACGCAACAAAGAGAAAUUCCAAUUCUCAAAACAACAAAAUAAAAUACUUGACGACAAGAUGAAGGAGUGUAUGAAGGACGACAACGACACUGAAGAGAUGCAAUACCUUCUUUCUGAAGUUGAACAACUGAAAGCAGAGAGUGUCACUCAAACUAAGGACAUCAUGAAACUUGAGGAAGAAAAGGGUGUGUUACUUGAUAAUAAUACCAAACUAGAGAAGGCACUUCAAGCACUUCAAAGUGAAAUCCAUGAGAAAGCAGAAACGUCUGAAAUGCUCAAUGAAAAGGCUAAUAAAUUAGUUCAGGAACUCGAGUCGAAGGUCGACUAUAUCACGGAGUUACAAAACGAGGUCAAUUCAUUAAAAGACAAAUUAAAUCCAAAUCCCGAAUUGGAAGAUUUGGUGACGAAGUUAACAGAUGAGUUAGACUCGUACAGCUCAGAGAACAACAACUUAGACGAGAAACUUCGGAGAUCCGAAAAGUCGAUUGUAGAAAAGGACGAACUGCUCAAUCAAACGAAGAGUCAAUUAGACUUGAAAGUGCAGGAGUGCUUAGAUAAGACGAACGAAAUAUUGAAGCUGCAAAAUCGAUUGACGGAAGUCACACGAAUGAGCGCCUCUAAUGACCACCAGAAUGAAAUGGAAAUGGUGGAAGAGAACAAACGCUUGCGAAUGGAAAACACUGAAUUGAAAAGUCGUUACUCAGAGCUUGAGAAAACGUUGCAGACAACGAAAGACUGUGUGCUCGUCGAAAUGAACGAAACAAAGAAGUCGAAUAUGAGAUUAAGUGAACAAAUCACUGAACUACUGGACAAAAUGAAACACAACGAAAACGUUGGAAAGGAGAACGAAAUUUUUAAGAACGAAAUAAACGAGCUCAAGAACUCGAACACACUGCUUGAGAAGAGUAAGAACGAGAUGAGUGGGAGGAUCAAAAUAUUGGAGGAGUCUGUGAACAAAAUGAAGGAGGAGAGACUCUCGAGUGGGUCGGGAUUUACAAGCGAGAACUCGGAGAAUGAAGGAGAGGGUGUGGACGAUCCACGAGUCGAAAAGGAACAACUUGAAAAUGAACGGACAAAAGCACUUGAAGUGUUAACAAACGAAUUGAACAUGUUAGAUGAGGAGAAUCGACGACUGAAAUUGCGAAUUGGUGAAUUGGUGAAUAACAAAGAGAAUUAUGAAAGCACUGAAGUGAAUCCAAAUGUUUUGCUUGAAGAGAAUAAUGCACUUAAAAAGAUGAGUGAGGGACUGAAUCAAAAAAUUGGUGAAUUGAUGAAAAGUGUUGAUGAGAAGGAACAGGAACUCCUCAAGAUGAGAGAAGGGAGCGAAGCGAUAUUGUCGAAUGAGACCGAAUUGAAAGUCCAAUUAGAGAAGCUUCAAGAACACUAUGAAGAACUUGAAAAGGAAAACAGUGAAUUACAACACGCAAAGAAAGAAGGAGUUGAUUCAAUGGAUACACUGGAAAGGAAUGAACAAUGUGAGGGUGAGUCGAGUAAUGUUGAAAGAGAGAACAAAGAGUUGAUUGCUAAAAUUGAGGAAUUGAAUGUACUGCUCUCAAAUGCUCAAAAGUUGAAUGAAGAAUACACAAAAGAAGUUCAAACACUUCAAAAUGAAAAUGAGAAACAGCGCGAGGUAAUUCGGAAUAUGGAAGACCAGAAGAAACGCCGAGAAGUCGAAAUUGAAGAGAAAGAAGACGUUGAGAAUCAAGAAAGAAAAGAACGUGAAACUCAGAUGAACAUGUUGGAGAAUGAAAUUGCUGAGCUGAGACGGGAAAAUACGAAUCUCCAUGUCACCGUCGACAAACUCUCUGAAAGACAGUUGGAACAACACGCAGAAACUGUCACAUCAAUUGCAACAGAAAUGACUUCAACGAGAAGUUCGGUUUCAAAUUUAACUCGUGAUUCUAACGAUAAAAUUGCUGUUCCACAAAUUGAACUUGAGAGUCCUCAAGAGAAUGAAACGCACAAAAAAGAACUUCAACUCAAUGUCGAAGAGAAUAAGAAGACGGACGAUAGUGCUAAACACCACCACAAAGCAGCGAAAACACACCAGAAAAGCCCAAGUGACAGUAAAGAAACAGCGCAAAGUAAAGAUAAGCUCAUGGCAACACAAAAGACAUUACCAAAGACUUUCCAACGAAUCAGUCAAAUUGAAUCACCAAGAAAGCCAAUGGAACAAACAAAGGAACCCACUCCUUUACCAAAAAGAACGGGAAUCAAGGACAGACUUGCAUUCUUUGAAAAGAUGUCGCAGUGA